AGAGAUUUCGGACUCUCGCUACCUAGCAUCAUGAAGGCGGCUUGGGGAGCGCCGUAUAACGACCUGCGCUAUUUUUACCGCGUGUAAAAGGUGUACACGUUUCACAACAGUUUAUGAAACUGGACGCGGUGCUUUACUGAACAUUUCGCCCUGCAGAAUGUCCAAGAUCAGGCGGAAGGUGACAGUGGAAAACUCGAAGACCAUAUCAGAGAGCAGCAGCAGUACGACCACUCCAUCCCGCAGGCCCAGUGUCUUCGAGAGACUCGGACCCAGCACGGGCAGUAAUGCCACAGAGACCCAGUGUAGAAAUUGGUUGAAGACAGGAAAUUGCAGUUACGGCAACACUUGUCGCUACACGCAUGGAACUCCGGCAAGAGGCAAGAAUUUUUCUGGAGCAUUCAGCAGGUCAUCUGAGAGGCCCACUGGUGAUCUCCGGGAGAGGAUGAAAAAUAAGAGACAGGAUGUAGAUACAGACACACAGAAGAGAGACCAAGACGAACCUACUUCACCAACAACUAGACAGAGAGAUUCAUCCAGAAGCAGACACAGAGAGAAGGAAGAUAUAAAGAUCACUAAAGAACGAACGCCAGCCAGCGAAGAGGAAGCUGCAGAGUGGGAAGCCAGUCGUGAAGACUCUGAUAACGGUGACUACGAUUACGAGUUAUCCCUGGAAAUGAAGAGGCAGAAGAUACAGAACGAGCUGAUGAAGCUUGAGCAGGAGAACAUGGACAAACGAGAAGAGCUCCUCAUUAAGAAGGAGGAAUCAGUGACCAAGACCAGGACCAGCAGCACUUCCAAAGAUAAGGGGUCUCCCGAUCGCUCCAGCUCUAAGAAUUCCCCGCUGUCCCGCAAAUCUAGCGGCUCCCCAAAAAGAAAACCCAGUGGUUCUCCUAAACGCAAGUCCAUUGGGAAAGGCGGCGGCUCCAGCAAGAAGGAGAAGAAAUCGUCCUCUUCAUCAGUUAUCUCCUCCCCGGUGGGGGAGCAGAACAGAACAGAGGAGGCUGAAAGCAGAUCAUCCAAGAGUGGACACAGCAAGAAGAAAGGGCCACGUACACCCAGCCCUCCUCCCCCUGUGCCCUUAGACCUGCCUGUAGGAGGCAAAAAGCACAAGGGCAAACACAAGAACAAGGAGAAGAGUGAAGACAAGCAGAAAGAACCCAAGGAGCGGGGCAGAGACAUGGAUAAGCACAAGGAGAAGAAAGAAAAGCGCAGGGACCGCUCCGACAGUUCCCAUAAGGCUAAACGAUCUGUGACGUCAGAGGAACGAUCUGGAAGUGUAUCUUCUCCUGGAAGAGAGGUGUCGCCCCAGACCAGAAGGAAGUCCUCAUCUCCUAAACCUGCCACCCAAAAACAAAGCUCACCACAGAGGUCUCGUACCCCACCACGUCACCACCGGAGCCCCUCUCCUACGUCCCGUCCUCACCACUCCCCCUCCUCUCAUUCUGGGUCUUCCCACCAACGUCACUCUCCAUCUCCUCGCCGGCGCCGUGGCUCCGCCUCCCCGUCCUAUCAGCGGGACCUCCUUCCCCCCUUGUCGUCCUCACCCACGGCUGCUCAGGCAUCACGCCGCUCACGGUCCCAUUCACCCCCCACGCCGCAGAGAUCAAGCCCCGCCUCCCGACACCACUCGCAGGGCCGGGAGCGGGAAAAGGAGAGAGGGCGGGGAGAAAGAGAGAGAAGCCCUGCACAUGACCGACGUCACGAACGCCGAGAUGAGAGCCGCGGGAAGCGCGAGAAAGACAGCGGGCGGGACGAUCGCAGCUUUGAGGAUCAGAGCUCCUCGCGGGACGAACGAGAGAGCCGCGACCGAGAUCGGCGCUUCGACCGAGACCGCCGAGACACACGUGAGGAACGACAACACCGCAGCGGCGAUGCCAAAGACGUUCGGGACACCAGAGACCGCUCCGGACGGGAGUCAAUGGAACAGAGAGAGAGAGACCGGGACAGGGAGCGGGACCGCGAGAGAGACCGGGACAGAGAAAGGGAAAGGAGCGAAGCUCAUAGGAAAGAUGAUGCUUCAGUGCAAGAAGAGAGAGGUUAUGGAAGAGGACACGGCAGAGAAGAGGGCCGGAGCGAGAGCAGGGCAGAGAGCAGGAAUGAAUCACGUGCAGAAAGGAUGGGAAGAGGACGGGGACGUGCAUCGGACAACUCUGAAAAAGGAUCAGCCCGUGGGUCUCGUACAUCCCAGGCAGACGGUGGCAGCCAUGAUGGCUGGGAGUCUCGUAGCGGUGGCCUGAGAGAGAGGAGCCCUGAGAGAAACGCAGAGAGAGGAACAGAACGUGAUCGCUACGUGGAGCGUGGAGAGCAGGCCCGGGAUUCCUCUUACGAUCGGCGCGGAAGUCAGGCAGACAGAGACCGUCGUGACCACAGGGAUAGAGAUCAGAGAGCCCCCUCACCAGGUCGCCACCAAGGCCGCAGUGAGGACGCGGAGCGUGACGACAGGAGAGACGAUCGGAGGGGCGACCGAGGCGAAGACAGGCGGGAGGACAGGGGCCGCGAGCGAGAGGGCCGAGAGAGAGACCGAGAGAGGGACAGGGAGAGAGAGAGGGAGCGAGAAAGAGAGAAAGAAAGGGAAAGAGAGACUGAGAGGAACGGAGAACGGGAGCGGGAAAGGGAGAGGGAGGAGCGUGAAAGAGAGCGGGAACGAGAGGAGCGAGAGAGGGAGAAAGAGAGAGAGAAAGAGAGGGAGCGUGAGCGGGAAGAGCGCGAACGAGAGAGGGAACGGGAGAGGAAGGAGAGAGAACGUGAGAGGGAGCUUCGAGAGAGGGAGAGGCAGAGAGAGUGGGAGGAGAGGGAUAAGGGCAGGGAAGAGAGGCGGGACAGGAGAGAGGAGCCACGAGAUGAACGCACGACCAGAGAUACUCAUGAAGAGAGAAAGAACAGUGGACGCAAAAGACACCGUUUGGAGAACACUCCCAGCCCCCGGCCUUCUCCAAAAAAAUUACGUGAAGGCAGUCCUGCAGACAGCGAUGGCUACAACAGUACAGAGGAAAAAGGUGAUAAACACAGACUCCUCAGUCAGGUUGUCCGUCCUCAAGAACCAAGCCGCUCCCCUCCCCGGGUAUCCACCGAUGACAAGCCCACACGCUGGAGGGACAACGAACGUCGCGGUGACAAGAAGGAAGGGCGUGGUCGCCAUGAAGAGACGGACCCUCGUGGUGAGCGCGGGGCGGGUCGAGGGAUGGAGCGCCGUGGAGAUCAUGCUUCUGAGAGUUCCCUGAAUAUGCCAGCAUCCGAGUCUCGAAGGGGUAAAGAGCAGAAAGAUGCCAUCACACCACCUGCUCCUUCCGCCAGUGGCCUCGAGGGACGAGAUGCUCCUCCACCUUCCGGGCAUGGGGAAGGCAAGAAGAAACCAAAGUCUCAAAAAAAGAACCUGAAGAAAAACAGGAAAGAGGAGGAGAGCACUAACCCCGAGCCUCCACCUUCUUCUUCCGUAGCACCUUCUGAAGCGCCACGCCCACUUCUCUCACCACCUAAAAUGGUCAAGAAGAAAUCAUUAGAGCGGAGGCGGAAGCGCUCCCGGGGUGCCGAGUCUGAUCCGUCUGAUGAUGAGCAACCCAUGGGCAAGCGGCGCCGUGGCCCUCAGACCCCACCGCCGAUCAACAAGGAGGACUUACCUUCUCAGCGGGCAUUGAUAUCUGGCCAUGCUUUAGCAGCACCGCUCAAAAUAGACACUAACUUCAGUGACUGGUCUGACGAGGAGGUUCCAGAACGCAGCGAAGCUUCAUCUGAGCGACCUCAAGAGCGGCUGCUGCCUCGCCGAAACCCACCUCUAGCCCCGCUGCUUCCUGACCCACCCAUGAUAAUGCAUGCUCUCCCACUGCAGCCACUGCUGCCGCAGCACAUGUUGCGCAAACCACAGCAGGCCGACCAAAGGCAGCAGCGCAGUAGCAGCAUGGGUAGCAACCCGAGUCGGGCAACCACACGCCGGCUCCGUUCACCUUCUAAUGACUCAGCCCACCGCACAGAUGACAGCCAGCAGGGGUUACGGCCACGCAGGGUACGAGGACAGGGGGCCAAUUCUCGAGACCGGGACAGAGAGAGAGAACGGGAGCGAGAGAGGGAUCGGGCUGUCACCACUGAACCAAGUGGAGCAAGGGAAGAGAGGAAGUCAAGGAUUGACCAGUUGAGGAGAGAAGAACCGAGUCGCAGUACUUCAUCAGACCGCCAGGACUCGCGAAGUCACAGUUCUCGGCGCAGCUCACCAGAGUCCGAGCGACAAGGUCGCUCACGGGCUGGCUCACAUGACAGCCGCGAGCGGGACCGCGAGCGAGACCAGUUUGAUCGUGACAGGAAGGAGUACCGGCAACCACAGAACCAGCCACUUUCACAGCCACGUGAUUGGGAACCAGAACCCCGUGAGUGGGGUGUUCGAGGUCGUGAGCCCCUCCUUCUCCGGCCUAACCGGGAGCCAAUCAGAGAGCGUGACUUGCGUGAGAUGCGUGAGCGGGAGAGACUGCAGCCUGAGGGUCUGCUCUCACAUGAGCGCCUCGAUCGUGGCGAACGGGAUAGGGACAGAGAGAGAGAAAGGGGAGAGAGAGAACGCAUGCUGCCCUUUGACCUCCCACUGUUGGUGGACCCCAAGAGCCGAGCGGAAAUGCGAAUCGAACGAGGAGACUACGAGCCCCUGCUGCCUCGAGAAGCCCUCGUGGACAUGGACAAGCCCAUUGCUACAAAUGAGCCACAUGUCGAGAUAGAACCCUGUGAAACUGAGAAGAUAGACAGCCUCGAUGAGGAUGAAGGGAAGGGCGAUGACGCACAGUCAGCGGUGUCGGGCGGGGAGGAAUACGAGCCAAUCAGUGAUGACGAGCUGGAUGAGAUCUUGGCUGACAGCCAGAAAAGAGACGAUCAGCAGGAUGAAGAGAAAACUCCAGGACCCCUGGAUGUGAUCGAUGUCGACUGGUCCAGCCUGAUGCCCAAGCAGAAACAGGAAACUCGGGCACCAGGAGCUGCACUGCUAAGAUUCACACCAGGAGCCAUGCUGCUGCGGGUGGGCGUCUCUCGUCGCCUGGCUGGUCCUCAGCUCCUCGGACGUGUUAAAGAGGUCUGCGUUAAAGAAUUGGAAGACGCUAAAGAUGCAGAUAAGCUGUUUGAACACGACCUUGGUGCCCUGAACAUGGCUGCCCUUAACAGGAAGACAGAGAGAGCAAACUUGCUGAGAAACCUCGGGCCGUGCGGCAAGGCUCUCUGUGCACGUCGAGACAUCGCCAUCCGGAGACAGCUCCUCAAAAACGACAAGGGGACGACAAAGCAGAUCUACACCAGCACUCCAGUGGUGGACCAAGAACUGCUGCAGCUCAGCAUACGUCUCUUUAAGAAGAAAAUGGCUGCCGGGCAGGAGAAAGCCGACCCGGCACCUGCGACUAACCCACCAGCUGAGGUGUGUGCAUCUUAAAACACCUCAGUGAGCACAGCGUGUGGAAACUGAUCUCUCGGACUCGACCCGUGUUGUGCUAUGAAACUCUGAAACUGUUCAGGAGUCAGUGCUAAUGGAGAAUCAGCGACGCAGGCUUGAGAGAUCUGUUCCAUAGAGACUGGAAAAAGGCUAGCCUAUGAAGAUACUGUAGAAUUUCCGAAAGCCAAUGAACUUUGUAUCCUAAGUGUGGCAGAGGACUGUCGAUGAGAACCGCCUCUCGUUCCGGUUUAAUAUUUUAGAAAGAUUUUUUUGUAAGAAUGUCAUUUUUACCGGACGUGCUUUUGUGUUAAUUUGAUGUGCUCCGUAUUAGAGUUGUGCAUUAAAAUGUUUUUUUGUGUGUCA